UUUACUUUUGGGGGAAACGCGCAAGGGACGUGCAUCACUGCAUGUCGAAAUGAAAAUAUCCAGUGACUGAUUAAAAAAAAUGUAUCAGAGUUGUUCCUCCAAGACUGCAAGAAAGAAAGAUGAUGUAACGAUGGAAACCACUGAAAAGCCAGAUAGUCUUAAACAAGAAAAGAUGGCUAAGCCAACAACAGUAUUAUGGACAAAAACACGUCACAGUAAUAGAAAAACGAAAAAAGUGAAAACGGAAAAUGAUUUUCUGAAGGACACGAGCUGGACAUUGACAGAGCGGAAACAACUGUUGGACGCAUUUCUUCAAAGCUGUAAUCCGGAUGACUUUGACAGCCUCGCUGUGUUUAUUCCUACGAAGAGUAAAAAACAGAUUGAACAAGAGAUUGUCCGAAUAAAGGCCGGCACAUUCAAGGCAGAAGGAAGGAAAAAAGAUAAAGAAAUUAUGGAUGCCACGACCACAAUAGACCCCUGGUUGAAUUUAGCAGAAGAUAUAGUGUUUUAUGACAGUAUCGACCAUUCCAGUGGCAUCGCUCGGGUGAUGGGUGUGGCUGGGAAGUAUGAGCACGCGACUGAGACUGUGUCGAAGAAACGACCUAGCUACCGACGUCUGUACCGCUAUAUCGCAGCAACUCUACGCGGUGGAGACCUCCCGGACCUCACACCAGUCGAAAAUGCUGUGAUGCUCGAGCUGCUGAAGGGUGUGACGCAGAAGCUGACUGGGUGUGACACGACCGACAAGGAGAAGGUUUUGACGUGGAAGUACGCACGGCUCAAGGCCAAAUACGACAUCAACCGCCUCCCGCAAAUCGUGAAGGGGCAGAACAAAGCUUUUCUAAAUGAAUUUCCAGAAGAGUUUGGACUUAAUUCGGAUGGACGAAGACGAAAAAAAGGUACAGCUGAGACAGUUAACCCUUCCAAUGUUAACCCAUCAUCAGAUCAGUCUGUUCCAGCCCAAGCUCCCAGUACAAGUACAACCACGCAAGAUUCAGGAGAUGCAACAUUACUGUCAAGUGAUUUUAAUCAAAACCGAUCGCAGAGAUCAUCAAAUUCAGGGGGCAUAACUCCUGCAAUUGUGCUAGCUUCAGGGGAUGCAACUCCUACACCACAGUCAUGUGAUUUUAAUAACGGAUCACAGAGGCCAUCAAAUUCUGGGGACAUAACUCCGGCAACCGUGCUAGCUUCAGGGGACACAACUGUCACAUCGAAUGAUGUUGCUGAAAAUGAAUCACAGAUACCAUCAGAUUCAGGGGAUGUAACUCUUGUAAUGCCAUCACAGUCAUGCGAUACUGAUAGAAAGAUGUCAUGUGACAUAACUUCUACAUCACAGUCAAGUGAUAAAAUUGUAUCACAGAGUAAGCCAGAUACAGAGGACAUAACUCCAUCCCAAACUGAUGCUUUUGAAAACGGGUCCCAGGAGAUCUCCGACACUAAUCUGACUACAAAACAGUCGACAGAAAUUGCCAGUACAUCAGAUUCAGGACAGACAACUCCUAAUCCGAGAAAGCGGAAAUUGUCAACUUGCAAACAGGACGACAAACCCCUCGGCACAAAGCCAUGGCAACGAGAGACUUUGGAGAAGCCGCGACUCUUGACCUUGAACCCAUUCUGUAUUCCCGUUGCACUCCUCAAGUUCAAGCCUACACAGACGUGAUUCGAGAUUGUUGAAAACUGGAAAUCACUGAAAAUAACUUGAUGUAAAAGUCUAAACAACUGACAUGAUUUGAAAUUGUUGAAAAUAACUAGUUGUAAAAGCCUAAACAAACAUGAUUUGAAAUCACUGACGAUAACUGUUAUUUUGUGAAAGCCUAAACAGACAUUAUUUGAAAAAACCUAAAAGCCUAAACAGUCUUCAUUUUAAAAUCUCUGAAAAUACCUUUUUCUGGUAAAAGCCUAAACAACU